UCCACUCAUAUUAAAAAUCCCUCUUUUACAGCAAACUUCUAUCAUUCAUUUUUUCUCUUUUUUGCCCUAUCUCAUAGGGUUUCCAUCUCCUUCAAGCUCUAAUCCUUCUUAUGCACUCCUGUCUUCAAAAACUAUACGGUGUCGUAGCGGUUUCGCUCUUCCUACAGUCUUUCUUUUUUGCUCUCCUUGGAGGGUUUUUGGGUCAGGAUCAGUUCAGAUUUUUCCUGCGGGAUUCUUUUGAGCUGUACCCAUGUCUAAGCUCUUUGCUUUCUCUGGUAAUGAUGAUUUUUGCCCUGGGGGGCCAAUCUACCCAAACCCCAAGGAGUCGAGCCUCUUUUUGCCGCCCCUUGGUUCUCAUGUGGAUGUGUAUUUUCCUCUUCGCAAGAGGUCUCGCAUUACUGCUCCAUUUGUUUUCAGUGAAGAGAGAUCUGAGAAGAAGCAGGUCUCUAUUGAAGUCCUGCCUGAUGAGUGUCUCUUUGAGAUCUUCAGACGGCUGCCUGGAGGUCGGGAGAAGAGCACCUGUGCUUGUGUUUCCAAGCGCUGGCUUACUCUUGUAAGCAAUAUCUGCAGAGAUGAAUUUAGCAACAGAUUUUCAAAGCCUGAGGCUGAUGUUAUUGAAAAGAAAGUUGAAGUAGCAUCUGUGGCUGAAGAUCUGGAUGUUGAGGAUGAUGGAUACCUCUCUAGGAUCUUGGAAGGAAAGAAGGCUACAGAUAUUAGACUUGCUGCUAUAUCUGUGGGAACUGCUAGUCGUGGAGGAUUGGGUAAGCUUUUUAUCCGUGGAAGCAAUUCUAGUCGCGGUGUGACAAGCGUCGGCCUUAGGGCAAUUGCCCGUGGCUGCCCAUCUCUGAAGGUGCUCUCCCUCUGGAAUGUAUCAUCUGUAGGGGAUGAAGGUCUUGUUGAGAUUGCUAGUGGAUGUCACCAGCUAGAGAGGCUUGAUCUUUGCCAGUGUCCUUCUAUUACCAACAAGGCUUUGAUCGCAGUUGCAAAGAACUGCCCUAGUUUGACUGAUCUGACCAUAGAGUCUUGUUCCAGCAUAGGGAAUGAAGGUCUGCAAGCUAUUGGGCAAUGCUGCCCCAAUCUGAAGUCCAUUUCAAUCAAAGACUGUCCUCUUGUUGGGGAUCAAGCAAUCGCUAGCAUCUUGUCUUCGGCCACUUAUUCCCUGGUGAAAGUGAAGCUUCAAAGGUUGAAUGUCACUGAUGUUUCACUAGCUGUUAUUGGACACUAUGGCAAGGCAGUAACUGAUCUUACCCUUACUGGCCUUUCAAAUGUUGGUGAGAGAGGCUUCUGGGUCAUGGGUAGCGGUCAUGGCUUGCAGAAGUUGAAGUCUUUGACAAUUACAUCCUGUGGAGGAGUAACAGAUCUUGGCCUUGAAGCUGUGGGAAAGGGUUGCCCAAACUUGAAACAGUUCUGCCUCCGAAAAUGUUUGUUCUUGUCUGACAAUGGGCUGAUCUCUUUUGCCAAAGCUGCAGUAUCACUUGAAAGUCUUCAAUUGGAGGAGUGCCACAGGAUCACCCAAUUUGGGUUUUUUGGUUCUCUUUUGAACUGUGGUGCAAAACUGAAGGCUGUUUCACUAGUGAGCUGCUGGGGGAUAAAGGACCUAAAUCUGGCAGUACCUCUGUCAUCUCCUUGCAAAUCCUUGAUAUCAUUGUCCAUCCGUAACUGCCCCGGAUUUGGUGAUGCAAGCCUGGCCAUGUUAGGGAAGUUGUGUCCUCAAUUGCAGAAUGUGGACUUGAGUGGGCUUCAGGGAAUAACAGAUGCUGGAGUAUUACCUCUAGUUGAAGGCUCUGAAGCUGGUCUGGCAAAGGUUAAUCUGAGUGGUUGUGUGAAUGUGACAGACAAAGUUGUUUCAACCAUGGCUGAUCUGCAUGGUUGGACUCUUGAAAUGCUCAACCUCGAUGGUUGUAGACAGAUCAGUGAUGCAAGCUUGGUGUCUAUUGCAAAUAACUGCCUCCUUCUCAGUGAUCUUGAUGUCUCAAAGUGUGCAGUCACUGAUUUUGGAAUUUCAUCAGUAGCUCAAGCAAGGCUCCUCAACCUGCAGAUCCUUUCGGUGUCAGGAUGCCCCUUUAUUUCGGACAAGAGCUUGAAUGCUCUCAGGAAGAUGGGUCAAACCCUUUUCGGAUUGAAUCUCCAGCACUGCAAUGCAAUUAGCAGCCGCACCAUUGACAUUCUUGUGGAGCAGUUGUGGAGGUGUGAUAUCCUUUCAUAAACAAGCUAAGCAUUUGAUGAAACCCCAUCAGUGAAUUAGUGUGACAGAUGCCAAGGGUGGGGUUGUGGUAAAUCAGGAAGCUUCAAAAUUCUAGUCAGCCUUUAUGUGUAGCAGCAGUUAAUUUAGUUUUUGGGUCCAUCAGCUAUGGGUCUUUGAUAUUCCAGUACUCAGGUGUCUUUUUGCAGGGAGCAUAUGGCCACACUUAUUCUUCUUUUUUUCAGUUUUCCAUUGAGUGGAAAUCUGUUUCAAGUUUUUCGACCCAAUAAUGGGUGCCAGUUUACUCAUGGCCUUGAUUCCUGAGAAUACAGUUACCUAGUACUGUUUCUGGGUUCCUUUUCUUUCUCCCAUCCUGUGUUUUAGCUGAGUCCUGUUUCUUACCUAUGCUUGGACUAAGCUUUCAUUCAAAGUCUUUUUAUGUGAACGUGAUGGUCGGUUGGUCUUCUGUUUCACUUGAAGGGCGGCUUUAAAAUCUCAUUGUUGUUCCGUUGGUUUUUAACAGUUUGAAUAUUGGAAUGGUGUCUUGUUGUCGUGGAGCUUGGCCAUGGCAGCGAAUUAUAUGGUCUGCCAUGACAGCCCUUAUGGGUUGUUUUUUUACCAGUUCCAUUGUUUUUACGAGCUCCAUUUGUUUAUCAACUGUACACUAUGCAACGGCUUCAUCAUGUAAUGUAAUCAACUACUGCCCUUUGUGAUGUAAACUUGUCUGCCUUUUUUAUUAUUUAAAUAAAGUCAAUUUAUGUA